CACAGUCGUCGAAACCUCGAAACUAGCAAGGCGUUAUCAUGGUCGGCAGGUUUUUCGGUCUCUAUUUAUAAACACAGACAGGCUUUGAAGAGUUUAGUUGUUGAGCUACCAUGGCGUACAGGUACACACGAAAAUUGUUUGGCGCAGGAUUGAUACUAGGAGGAUCGGGAGCAUGCAUAGUUUAUGCAAACCGCAGAUACCAGAACCAAGCUGUAGUUCUGGCCAAGACUGUGAAUGAUGGAAUGACGGAGUUGAACCAGAGGCCUACCGUCGACUUGCCGACUCGUGCUGCGCAGCUGAAGUCCUUGGAACAGACGGCCGAGUUCGAUGUAUUGGUGAUCGGUGGAGGCGCCACUGGCUGUGGCGUAGCACUGGAUGCUGUUAGCAGAGGUCUGAGCACGGCUGUGGUGGAGAGACAGGAUUUCUCGGCCGGCACGAGUAGUCGAUCGACGAAGCUGAUUCACGGAGGUGUGCGCUACCUGCAGAAGGCCAUACUGCGUUUAGAUUACGAGCAGUAUCGUAUGGUGAAAGAAGCUCUUCAGGAGAGAGCAAACCUGCUGAAGAUUGCACCACACCUCUCCUAUCCUCUGCCCAUCAUGCUGCCAGUGUACAAGUGGUGGCAGAUUCCCUAUUACUGGGCAGGAAUCAAGGCAUAUGAUAUCGUCGCCGGUCGACAGAAAGUGAAGACCAGUUACUUUUUGUCGAAGAGUAGAGCUCUCGAGCUGUUUCCCAUGUUGAAGAAGGAUAAGCUGGUUGGAGCCCUCGUUUACUACGAUGGUCAGCACAACGACGCCCGGAUGAACGUCGCCAUCGCUUUGACCGCCGCCCGCCUCGGCGGCACGGUGGCCAAUCACGUCGAGGUCCUGCAGCUGCUGAAGAAAGCCGACGCGUCGGGAAAGCGCGUCGUCUGCGGCGCCCUCUGUAGGGAUACGAUCACAGGAAAAGAGUUUGAAGUGAGGGCCAAGUGUGUUAUAAAUGCCACCGGACCGUUCACUGACUUUGUGCGCAAGCUUGACAAUCCACACACGAAGAACAUUUGUCAGCCGAGUUCAGGUGUUCACAUCAUUCUGCCGGACUACUAUAGUCCGGACUCGAUGGGUUUGCUGGAUCCGUCGACGAGCGAUGGCCGCGUGAUCUUCUUCCUGCCGUGGGAGAAGGUGACGAUCGCAGGCACGACCGACCAGCCGUGUGAGGUCACCCACAACCCGAGCCCCACCGAGGCCGAGAUCCAGUUCAUCCUCAACGAGAUCAGGAACUACCUGAGUCCCGACGUCGAAGUGCGGCGGGGCGACGUUCUCGCUGCGUGGUCAGGAAUCCGUCCGCUCGUGCUGGACCCGAACGCAAAGAGCACGGAGGCGAUCGCUCGCAACCACGUGAUCAUCAUCAGCGACAGCAACCUGGUCACUAUCGCAGGUGGCAAGUGGACAACAUAUCGACACAUGGCAGAGGAAGCCGUCGAUGCCGCUAUAAAAGCCUGCGGCCUGGAGCCGCCGCCGCAUCCGUCGCGAACGUCAGGUCUGCUGCUAGAGGGCGCUCACGAGUAUUCGCCGACAAUGUUUAUCAGACUCGUGCAGGACUUUGGACUUGAGAGCGAGGUUGCUAAACAUCUGGCCCACGACUAUGGUGAUCGUGCCUUUGACGUAGCCAAGAGCGCUUCGCUGACGGGCAAGCGAUGGCCAGUCGUUGGAAAGAGGCUGCAUGUUGAGUACCCCUACAUCGAGGCAGAGGUGCGCUGGGCGAUGAAGGAGUACGCGUGCACGGCGGUCGACGUCAUCUCUCGGCGGCUCAGGCUCGCGUUUCUCAACCACGCUGCCGCCAAGGAAGCCCUGCCCCAGGUGAUCGAGGUCAUGACGAAGGAGCUGGGCUGGAGCAAGCAGGAGCAGCAGCGGCAAAUGGACUACGCGUGCGAGUUUCUGAACACCGAGAUGGGCGCCAAGCUGGGCCGCGGUCUCAGCAAAGUUCCGAUCAAUUUCUCGCGCGAGGAAUUCAACAUGUACGUGACGCAGUUCAAGAACAUGGACACGCAGAACAAGGGCCACAUCACGGUGAACGACCUGAGAGAGAUGUUCACGAUGAUGGGCGAGCCGGUGAUGGAGGCCCAGCUACACGAGAUCCUGUCAGAAGUGGAUGUCAGCAGACACGGCAAGGUCGAGCUUGGAGAGUUCCUGCAGUUGAUGAGUGCGUUAAAGACUGGCGCCGUCUCAAACAGCAGGUUUGCCUUAGCGGCCAAGUACUCUCUGCGCGACAACAAGAUGCCGGUGGGAAGAAGUGGGGGAGGAGUGUGAGAGGUGAUCGACGCAUUGAAUGUUUUCGACGCAUGUGUUUGAGGAGGAGCUGUGCGACGGAAUCUUCGCUCACCUGUUUGCAUGUAGCAGACGUAUUAGCACGCGACGUCAUCUGUUGUCUUGUCCUGUCUGCGUAUUGUUCGGGGGGGUGCCUUGUUAAAACUAGAUUGUUGAUUUUCUGUUGAUCAUAGCCAGCGCUGAUGUAAAAACACCUUUCGUAGCAUCAUUUACUAAACGUUAAGAAAAUCUCUUCAAGGCCAGUUUGGUGAUGUGGUAAGUAUGUAAUUAUUACAAUAUUUACAACAUUUAGUUUGUUUUUAUUUUGUAAUGUGUCUAAAUAAUGCUAUAAAUAUCAUAUAUAUACGCACUGCACAUGCGCGCACUUACGAACGCACACGCAUGUACAGAUUAGUGUGCAAACCCGAGUGGAAGCUGUUAUUUAAUAACCAUCUUUGUAUAUUUGCGCAGAUGUACUAGAUUAUGAAAUUGUCCGACUAUAUUGUAAACUCAAUGCAUAUAGCACUCGAGUUUUUCUAAAACGCGACGAAACUUUAAAUGUAAAAAUGUUCAACAUUAUUGCCAUCGAAAAUAUUUUACUGUUUAUAUAGUAGUGAUUUUUUUUGGCCAUCAUGUCUAUUUAAAAUUGUUGUGGUCUGGAUCAAGUUAUUGUAUGGCAUAAAGUGAUUUUCAAAAUGUUUAGGUUCCUGUUAUAUAACCAUUCAUUCGGCUAUGUUGAUUAUGCUGAUAAGAUAUGAAUUGUAUUUAUUAUUUUCUUAUCUUAUGAUAUCAUCUUCAUAUCAUGAACAAAAAUCUCACAGUUGCCCUCAUCUCACUUCAGUUACUAUGUCAUAAGUUGACCUGUUGCACCUACUAAGAUGCUUCUGUUUUAAAACCGUGCUUUGCAAAUGUUCUCACCAACUUGUGUUUAAAUUUGUGUGUAUAAAUGUAGUCGUGGUUUACGUAUACAUCUUUGGCUCUCAGUGUAUCUCAGGUCCCUUGCAGCUUUGGAUUAUCAGUAUACCUUAACUGUUAUCAGAUAUUUUUGGUAUAAAGUCAUACUUUGAAGUGUAAUUUGUAGUGCAAAAUCACGUGUGUUGUGUCAUCAAAUGUAAGGAGUACGCACCCAUAUCGAUUGGGUUUAUGGAGUGUACUGGUUAUACUUGUUUGCCGUUUCUUAAAUUUUAUUUAAAUAUUCGGGGCUUUUCCGUGUUAGAGUUAUGAUUUGAAAGCAUGGUGUGAUGGGACCAGAGCACCUGCUUGUGCUUAUUAUAGUGAUACGUGGCAUACAUACAAAUUACUGUAGAUGUGUUAUGAAAUGAUGAAUCAUUAAAAAUGGUUACUGUCUAA